CCAGGCCCAAAGGGUGAAAAGGGGGAUCAAGGCGACCAGGGACCACGGGGGUUGCCUGGUCUCUCCUCGCUCGCCGCUUUGCACAGCAAUCAGAUCCUGACCGUCAAGAUGGUCUUCCCUAAGAUCAAUCAUGGCUUUCUUUCCGCCGACCAGCAGCUCAUAAAGCGCCGUCUCAUUAAGGGGGACCAGGGGCAAGCGGGACCACCAGGGCCUCCGGGGCCACCGGGUCCACCUGGCCCACGGGGGCCCCCAGGUGACACAGGCAAGGAUGGGCCGAGGGGCGUUCAAGGCCUACAAGGUGAUCUAGGGCAGCCAGGAGAAAAAGGACCUAUGGGACCUGAGGGGCCUCAUGGACUCAAGGGUUCACUGGGGCCUCCUGGUACUCCAGGUGUUGACGGACUGAAGGGGGAUCUUGGAAUCCCAGGACUGGACGGCAUCCCCGGAGCCAAGGGUGAAAUGGGAGAGCAAGGUGAAAAGGGUGACAUGGGUGAAGAAGGACUAAAAGGUGAAAUUGGAGAUAAGGGAGAUGCCGGCUCCUCUGCAGCGGGCAUUAAGGGGGAACCUGGGGAACCUGGAAGAAGUGGACAAAAGGGAGAGCCAGGACUUCCAGGGCUGCCUGGACUACCAGGGAUUAAGGGAGAACCUGGAUUCCUCGGCCCCCAGGGAGAGCCGGGUCUCCCAGGCCUGCCGGGAACCAAGGGUGAGAGAGGCGACCAUGGGCCGCCCGGAAAAGGCGAAACGGGCAGUAUUGGACCUGUGGGGUCAAAGGGUUCGCAGGGAGAGGCCGGGGCACCCGGUUUUAAAGGGUCAAAGGGCGAGACUGGCGAUAAAGGAGAUUAUGGGCCUGCCGGGCCGAAGGGCCCACCAGGGCAAAAAGGAGACCAAGGGGCCACCGAAAUCAUCAACUACAAUGGGAAUAUUCAGGAAGCUUUACAGAAGAUUACCACAGUCACGGUGACGGGUCCACCGGGUCCUCCUGGGCCUAUAGGACCGCAUGGUAUUAAGGGGGACCGUGGUUUGCCAGGCCUCCCUGGACUAGAUGGCGAAAGAGGCUACAAGGGUUCCAAGGGAGACAUGGGAAUGCCGGGUGCAUCGGGAGACAAGGGAGCAACUGGUUUACCAGGAUUACCUGGGGUUAAUGGGGUAAAGGGAGACAAGGGUGAUUCAGGUCUGCCUGGUCCUCAAGGCUCCUCGAUUAUUGGCACACCAGGGGCACUAGGACCACACGGGCCCCCUGGACCUAUGGGCCCCCAUGGUUUCCCUGGACCAAAGGGGGAAGGUGGUUUGCAUGGCGCCAAGGGCGCGCGUGGGGAGUCCGGCCACAAGGGCGACAGAGGACCAUUAGGCCUUCCUGGAGCCUCCGGCUUGGACGGCAAGCCCGGAAUGAGGGGCACCGACGGGCCUUCAGGUCCGGCUGGUCCGGCCGGCCCAAAGGGAGACCGAGGCGAGCAAGGAGCGUCGGGUGAGCCGGGACCAAGGGGGCCGUACGGAUUGCCUGGAGCUGCAGGAACGCCAGGCUUGGAUGGGUUGCAGGGUUUAGGAGGAGAGAAAGGCGACGUUGGGGAAAGAGGAGAAAAGGGGGAGAAGGGAAAGAAGGGAAAAAAAGGGCCUAAGGGCGAGAAAGGAGAACAGGGUGCCCCUGGAUUAGAUGCACCCUGCCCAUUGGGCCCUGAUGGAUUACCAAUGCCUGGCUGCUGGCAGAAGUGAUCACUCUAACCUGAAACGCAUGGAGUUUGUAAAUAAUGCUUCUUUGAUGGUAUUUAUAUUGUUUUAUUUUGAAACGGAAGAAGUCCUGUGUGUAUAACGAUGCAAAAAAAGGACAAAACAACAACCCUCACACUUCUACUCACAUUGUCGCGUGUUUGGGCGCCGGAGUGACACAGGAAGUGGACGGACUGACGCUCUGUGUUUUUGUUAUUUUUUCCCCCCCGUGCGUGACGCUUUUUUUCAAAGGCACAAGCAUGUUCCAAAAAAAAAAAAAUGUGUUGUGUGUGCGCACACUGUCAUGGCUCCCGCAGAGACAAACUAACUAACAACAACAACAAAAAGACUUUUAUUAUAAUUUUGGCUUUUCCUGAAUCUUUCCAAGGGAGUCACACCAUGGCUGGUCGCCUGAAACCCCCCCCCCCACCCCAAAAAUGAAAGAUUGUUGCUUUACCGCGCCUGCAAGAGGCGUCGGCUGGCCUCUCCGCGCCCAGCUGCACUGAUAAAAGAAUCCACCAGGUGUUUUCUUUUUUUAAGUUGGGUCGGUGGCCCCCCCUCUGAGCAAGGGGGACGGUGUCCAUGGAGACAAGGCUGGAGGAUCUACUGAGCGUCGAUCACGGAAUGCAAUCAUGUUUAUUUGCCAAAGAGCGAUAUAUAUAUAUCAUUUAUUUGUGUUUGUCAUGUGACAUUUGUGUUUUUUUUUCCCCGAUCAAAAACACUUGAUCGUCGUCAUGAAGCUUCAUUUUUUUUUUGGAGUAUCCGAGUCAAAAAAUAACUGGCAACAAAGCACAUGGACUCGCACGUCGAAUUAAAGCUCCUGACAAGUGCGUUCUAGCCCCGGAACCAGUUGGUCACUUGAUAGUCGCCGUCGAGCUCGUCAGCAUUUUUUGUGGUAUCUUUAUAUAUCAACUCAAUAACAGAAACUUGUUUUUAGUGUUGGUUUUAAUGUAGGCGGUGUGGCAACAUCCGGACACUUCCAAUGUGUCGGUUUAAAUAGUAGCUUCCAAAACUACUCUGUGUAGUGUUCCAUAGCUUGUACACUACUUCCAUCUAGUGUCUCAAAUCUGCAACUACCUUGCCCGUCGAAUUUAAAGCUCCUGACAAGUGCGUUCUAGCCCCGGAACCAGUUUGUCACUUGAUAGUCGCCGUCGAGCUCGUCAGCAUUUUUUUUUUUUUUGGCGUGGCAUUUUUUUACUUUAGUCUUUUAAGUUGUUUCGCGUUGGAGUGUUUAUAUUUUGUGUAUAAUAGCCAUUUGGUGCCUGAAGCUUUUAUUCAUUCCUUUACCAGAAAACGUCAUAUAUCCCACUUUCAUCAUUUAUCGUUAUUUUUUUUUGCAGUCUUCAGUGGUAUUUGUCGGUUGACUGCAUGUGUACGAGGGAAACAAUCAUAUAUGACAGUGGUUCUCAAACUUUUUUACACCAGGCAUUUUUUUUUUUUUUUGCUUAGCAAGCAUCACUUUCGCUACCUCUGCUUGCCGUCACGGUGUAGCCUCGAACAUGUGUCCAUUUUCACCUUCAG